UAGCUCGCUGCCACCGAAUCGAGCGUCUCGACACGACGCGACAACCACUUCAGUACUUCACAGACACAGGCAGUCAGGCAGUCAGGCGGCGAGCUCCUCUAGAAACCUCGCCACCCUCAGUCUCACCCGAGCACAACCCAAUCUUGGAAGAUCUCCGAUGGCACCCCACGCCGGCGCCGCGCUCGCGCGCCUCCCCCUCCGCCCCGCGCCGAACUCACUGCGAAAGCAAGGUUUUGGCCGCGCCGGAGCCUCGCUGUCCCUCCGGGCGACCAAGGACUCGGACGGGUUCAGGCCUCUGGUCUCCGAGAAGCCCGAGUGGCCGGCGCCGGCGAAGAGGGAGGGGUUGGAGGUCUUCGGCCGGGAGGCGAGCAAUGGGGAGGAGGACGGCCAGGUGCAGGGCGAACCGGCUCCGUGGAGCGUUCUCAACCAGCUCGGUGUUGAGUUGGAUUCUGACAGUUCAUAUGCUGCUCUAGUCUAUGGGUCCUCUGCCCUUGUUGCUAUUUGGAUAUCAUCAAUAGUGGUUUCUGCAAUUGAUUCAGUCCCAGUGGUUCCUCAGGUGAUGGAAGUUGUUGGCCUUGGCUUCACUGUCUGGUUCACCUCCCGAUAUCUGAUAUUUAAGGAGAACAGGGACGAGUUGAUCACCAGAAUUGGCUCCAUCAAAAAGCAGGUACUUGGGUCUCGUGACGACUGAGCAGAUUUUCAGCGCUCUGUUUGACCAAGUGGGUCUAGUGAAAAAAAUGUUGUACUGAAUCACCGAUGGUGAUUGUGAAAAUAUAAUCUUGUGCCGUUGAUGUUUUCCUUUUUCGACAAAAGAUGCUCUGAAUAAGUAGAAUUUCGUCUAGAUGGGCUCUUUCUUUAGGAGCUUUUCCUUUCAUUCAGAUGUGCCGUAGGGUGGUUGCACCUUUCUGUUGCUUCCGCUGAAAUUAAUGGUAGGGGUUGCGCAUGCUGUAUUGCCCAGUUCUGCCCAUGGCAUGCCACCUGAUGGGGGCGGCUAUUGUUAUUGCAAAGUCAUAUGCAACGGCAUCAGGUGGCUGCGUUCUGUCUC